UUGAUCAGACUCCGACAUCAGUUGAUAUUUAACUCUGAUGCAAGAUACAUGUUUUUAUAAACCUAAUAAGUUGAUCAGUUGAGGUUUAACUCUAAUAUAGGAUACAUCCCUAAAUAUCUAUAUAUAAUCUAUACUAUACCAUCUCACCAGAGCGAAAGAUAUUUCAAUCCCCGCAGUAAAUUCUCUAAAGCAUCUAGAGAAUGAGUGGAAAUACAGGAGAAGAUAAUCCUACAGCUUUAGACACUGUGCAUAAACUUAUUGGAAAAUUGGAACAUCUGAAGGAAAUCAUCGGUACUAAUUCUAAUCAAAGGUUUGAGAGCUCCCAACAGGAGAACCUAGAGUACCAGGAGUUUGCAGGAGAUACGUCAUACGCUUUCCUCAUCAGCUUCAUCAUCAUCGCCCUCCUCGCUCUCCUCGGGUUCUUCUUCAAGAAAAAGAUCAUCUCCUGCCUCGACAACAUCAAAGAGACGGAUAGGGAGGACAGAGGAAGGAUCUUUGUUGAGAGGGCUUAAUCAUGACGCAAAAUUUUAGCUUUUAUGACGCAUUUGCGUCAUUGUGGUCUAAAACCAUACAUGCUUGAGGGCGACUGAUCUGUUAUGUUUAUGACGAAGUGCUUUUACUGAUUCUAACACUGAAGCCAUUUUAGAGGUUAAGUUUCCUGAUAAGUCAAAUAUUUUGUUUUUAAAUACUUUUGUUGCAUUUUUGUGGUAUAUUGUAUAUUUGCAGGUUUAAAUAAGUUGAUA